ACAAACUCUUAGAGUCAUCUUAUCUUCUAAUUGAAAAUUCAUAAUACAAGAUGAUGAAAGCCGAGCAACUCGAAGUAGGAGGAGCUACAUCUAAGGUCUCAACCCGAGUUGGGUCAAACAAAGGGAUUUCUGCAAUGGACCUCGUUCUACGCAUUGUUGGUGUCGUGGGUACUUUAGGUAGUUCGAUUGCCAUGGGAACCACAGAACAAACUUUACCCUUUUUCACACGUUUUGUUCGUUUCAAUGCUCAAUAUGAUGAUUUUCCAUCUUUCAGGUUGUUUGUGAUCGUGAAUGCAAUAGUAUGCGCCUAUUUUGUCCUCACAAUUCCGUUGUCCAUCGUUCACGUCAUGAGGAGUGCGGCAAGAGGCAGUAGAAUUCUUUUGGUAAUUCUUGACACGGUGAUGUUGGCUCUUUUAACGGCCGGAGCAUCUACGGCAACAUCAAUUGUGUAUUUGGCUCAUAAUGGUAACAACUCUGCAAACUGGCUGCCAGUCUGUCAACAGUUUAACGACUUCUGUCAACGGGCAUCGGGAUCACUAAUUGGAUCGUUUGGCGGGAUAGUUGUGUUUAUACUAUUAAUCUUGCUUGCCGCCAUAGCAUUAUCCCGACAAAGGAAGCACUCGCUUUGAUUUGAGUUUAAAAACGAUUGUGAUUUUUUCUAUGUUUUUCCUUGAU